AUGGAGCUGGACAGCCUGAGGAGUCUGAGAGAGAAAUGCACACUCCGGCAUGCCAUCAUCAAAGAGUUUCUAGCGGAAAUCCUGGGCACAUUUUUGCUUGUAGUUUUUGGCUGUGGCUCGGUGGCACAGGUUGUGCUCAGCAGAGGAUCUGCAGGUGAACCACUCAGCAUCCACUUUGGCUUCACCACAGGACUGAUGCUGGCUGUCUAUGUGUCAGGAGGUGUAUCAGGAGGACAUGUAAACCCAGCUGUAUCUCUAGCCAUGGUAAUCUUAGGCAAAUGUUCCAUUAAAAAAUUCCCAGUGUACGUGGUUGCCCAGUUCAUUGGUGCUUUUGCUGGCUCUUGUAUUGUCUUUGGACUGUACUAUGAUGCUUUUAUGGCCUACUCCAACGGACAGUUGCUGGUCACAGGUGAAAAUGCCACCGCAGGCAUCUUUGCCAGCUAUCCAGCAAAACACCUCUCGAACGUCAAUGGGUUUUUUGAUCAGGUGAUUGGCACUGCAGCUUUGGUGCUGGGUAUCCUGGCCAUCGUGGACAAGAAAAACAUAGGAGCCCCUAAAGGAAUGGAGCCACUGCUCAUUGGUUUCACCAUCCUAGGCGUCGCAGUGACUAUGGGUUUCAACUGUGGUUAUCCCAUCAACCCUGCCCGAGACCUGGGUCCCCGGCUCUUUACCGCUGCUGCAGGCUGGGGGGUGGAGGUGUUCAGAGCCGGGAACUACUGGUGGUGGAUUCCAGUUGUUGGUCCGAUGGUGGGAGGUGUAUUGGGAGCGAUGAUCUACUACAUGAUGAUCGAGCUACACCACGUGGAGCCAGAGGAAAAGCAAGAGGAGAAGAGCAGUGUUAACGACAAAACUGAAAUUCUGGAAUUCUCUACAGGCCUGCAGUAA